AUGCAGGGAGGGCUUGUGCGGUCAACGCCGGCAGAGGAGGGGCCGCAGCACGAGCCCAGCAAUGGCAUCCGGGGCUGCGUGCGAAGAUAUAUUUUCCACCACAUGCUUGAUGCCGUUCCUGGGUCGUUCAAGGUUGUCAUCUGCGACUCGCACGCGGCGGCUGUGCUGAACUGCUCGCUGCGUGUGCAUGACCUCAUGGAGCAUGGCGUGACUCUGCUGGAGGACCUCGCGGCGCCGCGGCAGCCCAUUAUUAGUAGCCCUGCGCUCUACUUCUUUGCCCCCGAGGAGGCGGCUGUGAGGCGCGUGAUUGAGGACUGGGCGGCGAAGGACCCCUACGCGGAGGCCCACCUCUUCGCGCUGGGCUGCACGCCGGAGCGCCACCUGCAGCAGCUCGCGCAGGCCCGGGUGGCGCCGCGGGUGGUGAGUUUCAAGGACAUGCUGCUGGAGUUCAGCGCCCCCGAGUCGCUGGUGUUUCACCUGGGCAUGGAGGACGCGUUUGCGCCUCUCUUGUCGCCGCUGCCGCAGCCAACCCGCGAGUUCGUUUUGGACGUCGCGGCGUCGCGGCUGGUGUCGGUGUUUCACGUCCUGAACAGCGGAGUGCCCUUCAUCCACUACCAAAACCGAAGCAACAUCUGCCACGCUUUUGCCAAGACCUUCUUUGAGAAGCUCGCCAAGCUCUGCUACGACGAACCCGACUUCAAGAAGGGGGAAAACGUCCGCGGCAAGCCGGUCCUGGUAAUCCUUGAUCGGGGCUUCGACACGGUGGCGCCGCUGGUGCACCAGCGCACCUACCAGUGCCUACUCGACGACCUCAUGCCGCUGGAGAAUGGCGUGUACGAGCAGACGUUCAAGAAUCGCGCGGGGGAGGACGCAAAGCGGGAGUAUGCGAUUGACGAGGACGACGUGUACUGGUGCUCCUACCGUCAUCGCUUCUUUGCGCAGUGCCUGGAGGAGCUCCCGGCGGCGCUGAACGAGCUUCACGCGGAGCACCCGGCGUUGGCGCAGGGCCUGGAGAAGAGGACCGAUCUGGCGGAGUUGGGCGGGGCGGUGCGGGGCCUGCUGGAGUUUCAGGAGAAGCAGGCAAAGCUGUCGCUGCACAUCGACAUCUGCAGCAGACUUAUGGGCCUUUACCGGGAGCAGCGGCUCGCGGAGGUGUGUGAGGUGGAGCAGGACAUCGCCGCUGAGCGCAGGCCCUUCAAGGAAAACCUGGAGAGCGUGCGGCGCCUGACGAAGGACGCCGCGAUACCCGAACCGGUGCGUCUGCGCCUUCUCUUGCUGUUUGCGGCUGCGAGCAACACGGAGGAGUUCACGGAGGCCAAAAAGCAGCAGUUGCUUCAGGGCUGCGGGCUAGCCUCGAAGGCCCAUCUGUUUGCGAACCUGGAGCAGCUGACGAGGCGGGUUGGGAGGACUCGCUGCGGCGGCCCGGCGCCGGAGCGCGGCGAGCGAGCCAGUAGUCUUUCCCUCCCCAACGCGGCGACGGACGGCGACCCUUUUCUCAACCAGGCCUAUGCGAUCAUGGAAUCCGUGGCAAGGAACACGCUGAACUCGGCGGACUACCCCGCGAUGAGCUCCCCGUACGAGGCGAGGACGUCCGCGGCGGGCGGGGAGGCGGCGACGGACACAACAGUUAGGAAGAAAACGUUGCGGGUUGGGUUGUCCCUGGCAGCCAUGCGGCAGGACCAUGCGGUGGGGCAGAAUGGCACAGGCGGCGGCGGCGGCAAAUACAACGGAGCGGCAGGGGCCAAUGCGGAGCCGUUUCAAAAGGGAAGGGGCAAAGGAGAGAACCUUCUCGAUUUGGGCGGUAGUGGAGGAAUGAUUGCCCUCAGAAACCCUCAACGCAUAGUGCUGUUUGUUUUGGGUGGUGUGACCUGCAGCGAGAGGCGCGCGGCCUACGAGAUAUCUAAAAAGUACGGCCGUGAAGUGAUCCUUGGUGGCACCUCUAUGCUGCGUCCUGAAGUGUUUGUACAAGAGCUUGGCAGUCUGCGGUAA